UUUCUCUCUUCAGUCUACACACACUCGUUUCCCAAUGCAGGCUCCAACCGCCUCCGACCGUGAAGUGGACCCUAUAGUCUGGCGAGCAAUCGCCGGAAAAUCUGUCCAAAUACCUCCCGUCGGUUCCAGGGUUUACUACUUCCCUCAAGGACACGCUGAACAUGCAACCUUUACUUCACCUGGUGUACUGUCCCCUGGUAUACCUGCGUUUAUUCUAUGCCGUGUACUAUCUGUUCGUUUUCUCGCUGAAUCCGAUACGGACGAGGCAUUCGCUAAGAUUUUUCUGCAUCCGAUUAGUCCGAGUGAGGUUGAUGAAGUUACUGUGAGUGAGGAGGAGGAGGUUGAGGACAAAAUCGUUUCGUUUGUGAAGAUUUUAACUCCGUCAGAUGCGAACAAUGGAGGAGGUUUCUCUGUGCCGCGGUUCUGUGCUGAUUCUAUAUUUCCUCGGCUUAAUUUUGAGGCAGAACCGCCGGUUCAGAAUUUGUCUAUAAGGGAUAUUAAAGGUGGUGUUUGGGAGUUUCGACACAUUUAUCGUGGAACACCUCGACGGCAUUUGCUUACUACUGGUUGGAGCAAGUUUGUUAACAGUAAACAGCUUGUCGCUGGUGAUUCCGCCGUGUUCAUGCGGAGAACUGCAAAUGAUCAACUCUAUGUGGGUGUCCGACGAGCUAUUAAACGAAAUGACAAUUCCCAGAAGUGGACUUCCUCUUUUUUGAUGCGUGAACAUAUCAAUAGUGGUGGUAGCCCGGAUGUGUCUUGGGGGAUUAGAAAGGGGCGGAUGACGAUGGAGGCUGUUGCGGCGGUAGCGGAAAUGGCGGCACGGGGAGUGCCAUUUGAAGUAUCGUGUAAUCCACGGGAUGACUGGGCAGAUUUUGUGGUGAAGGCACAAGCGGUAGAGAUGGCAUUGAAUAUACCUUGGACAGUUGGUACGAGGGUUAAGAUGGCUGUGGAAACGGAGGAUUCAUCUAGAACGGCUUGCUUUCAAGGGACUGUUUCAUCUGUCAUUUUGACUGAAAGUGGCCCUUGGCGUGGAUCUCCAUGGCGAAUGCUUCAGAUCACUUGGGAUGAACCAGAAGUUCUGCAGCAUGCUAACAGGGUGAAUCCUUGGCAAGUUGAGUGUAUUCUGCCAAUCCCACAGUUUCUUCCUCCAUCGAAGAAAAUAAAACUGCCUAAUGGGCUGCUACCUGAUGGAGAGAGAAGUCCCUUCCCUAUGACAGGAUUGGGUAGUUUCCCUAUGACAGGGUUGGGUAGCUUCCCUAUGACAGGGUUGGGUAAUCCUACGAUUGGACUCGGUAGCCCAUCAUUGGGCAAUUGUACAUCUUUUCCUGUGGGCAUGCAGGGAGCCAGGCAUGAUCAAGUUUGUGUAUCAAGUUUAUCCAAUGUUAAAAGCAAUAACCUUGGGUUGUGCACUAACAAUAGCUUAGAUGAAGAAAUCAAGGCAAAGCUUGACAGUGUAUCCACCAAACUGAAUAUUGGCAGUUCAUAUUCAGACAAUUUAUCACCGGAUAGUCAGAGCAGUGUGCAUUUUGGGGACAAUGAGCUGAUUACAAAACCGGGUUCCAGCUCUUUGACAAAUGAUCGUUUCAGUACUUUCCAGUUAUUUGGUAGGGUCAUCCAUGUUGAACGUGUUGAGGAAGCUUUAGAUGGUUUUGGUUUUUCUGAAAGUGAUAACGUUCAAGUGUUUAGAGAGAUAGAUGAUCCAUCCAACUCAGACGUCUCACCAAAUAAAGAUGAUCCAUCCAACUCAGACAUCUCACCAAAUAAAGAUGAUCCAUCCAACUCAGACGUCUCACCAAAUAAACCUUUCAAGCUGUUUGACAAUCCUGAUGUCCAACAUGAAUGAGCCUCAGCUGUCGAAGCAUGUUCAUCAUGACAUAGCUAUAAUCCGUAAUUGCCAUCAAUUGCAAAACUGUACAGGUAUCCAAGGGAGGAGUUGAUUCCAGCAGUGGUUCCAUUGUGGAUGUUUGCUUUCGCUUUGGUAUUCAGAACUAAUGUAGGCUUUAGUUUAAGACGUUUAGAUGUCAAGUAAAUCAUCUGUGUUUUCUUGAUAAUGAUGCCAGUGCAUGAGAUUGUACUCUAUAUGUUCCUGUUAGUACUGUGUCUUUGAAAAAGAAUCUAAUGUGGAGUUAACCUUUUAGAUGCAAGUUAGAAUUUGCUAUGAAUGGUAGAUGUUUCUUGAUUGGGUUACAAA